AUGCAGGCCAAACACACGGGCGAGAAGCCCUUCAACUGCGACAUCUGCGCAAAAAAAUUCCCUGUGAAGAAAUACUUGAUGAUUCACAUGAGGACGCACUCUCUGGAUAAACCCUGCCCCGUCUGCGCCAAACGCUUCUUCACCAAGGCGCACCUGAAGACGCACAUGAGGACGCACACGGGGGAGAAACCCUUCAGCUGCGAGGUGUGCGGCCGCUGCUUCUUCUGCCAGCGGGACGUCAGGACGCACAUGAGGACGCACACCGGGGAGAAACCCUUCACCUGCCCCGUGUGCAAUAAAGGCUUCUCCACCAAAGCGUACGUCACCAUGCACAUGAGGACGCACACCGGCGAGAGACUCUUCAGCUGCGACGUCUGUCACAAAAG